ACCGUGAGAUGUCUUUUCUCCAAGGCAUGACAUCAGCAAGCAUCACCUUCCACGUCACCCGGGCCUGCGGCAGCGGGGAGGUCGUAGAGUGCGGGUGCGCCCAGUCUAGAGGGCGCAAAAACAACAAGGACUCAGGCGUGGAGGACUGGGCCUGGGGCGGCUGCUCGGAUAACAUCCGCUAUGGCAUGUACUUCACAAGGGACUUCAUUGAUACCACGGACGCGGGCGCCAGCGAUACGACGGGCGCCAAUCUGAUGAUGCAGCACAACUAUGAGGCUGGGCUCAAGACAAUUGACUCCAACAUGAGAGUGAAAUGCAAGUGCCACGGCGUCUCAGGUUCCUGCACCUCCAAGGUCUGCUGGAACACCAUGCCCAAACUGGAGGAGAUCGGACGCAUCGUCUUCGACAAGUACGAACAGGCCAAGUUCAUGACCUACUCACGCAAACGCCGCCGAUUACGCCCCAACAAGAAGGACAAGUCUGCACGCGGGAAGCCGUCAAAUACGGACUUGGUCUAUGUGCUGCCCUCGGUGGACUACUGCGAACCUAACAAGAAACACGGUUCCAUAGGGACCCACGGUAGGCUCUGCAACAAGACCAGCAUGGAAGAGAACGGAUGUCCUUUGCUUUGCUGCGGCCGGGGUUAUCAGACCAUGGUGCGGAAAACCAGAGGAAACUGUAACUGCCGGUUCGAGUGGUGCUGCGAGGUGGUCUGCGAGACGUGCGAGUUGUCUGAAGAACUGCACAUUUGUAACUGAAAAUUGUUUCUUCACAACGAGAUCGGCGUAUCUGAACCAUUUUUUUUCUUAAAGCACAAAGUAUCUUUGGACGGACAGCUGAUGAAUUGUGCUCAGUCAUUGGGUACAGGAAAUCUUCCGUUUGUGUUGAUUGCCAUUUCAAGAGUUGACACGUCUUCAGAUUUUGAUGCAUGAGGCAGGCAAUACAUGAAUGAAACUGUGGCUUGGCGAACAGGAAACACUGGAUUUGGAGAUAAUAAAGCGGACUACAUUCUGUCCAGAUUCCUCAGUUAAGAAAUCUUCAAACAAUUAAGAAGUGACAGUAACUGCAUGACAAGCACCGCACUAAGUUAAGCUGUUCAUUUCCCCACCGUUUUAUCUUGUCAAAAUCAAACAAGCUUGAGCAUGAAGACACAAACAACAAAUUAAAAACACUUCAUGAGUAUGAAAUAAAUGGAGCUUGGACUCAAUAGUCAGUGGUCUGCAAACUUGUUUUCCAAAGUCCAUCACAACUCUGGUCGGAAAAGGUACAAUAAUGAACCAAGCGCCCUUGGAUGUGUGGCGCCCUCAUACUUGUGGAUGAAGCAAUAUGGCAGAAAUGAACUGCUGUGGUUUGCAAAUUCAUUAAACACACACAACAAAUUGAGACAUUUAUAGCUUGACAAAAGAUGCAAAGGCCUGCCCAACAGAUGACAAAAUCGACCAGAUGCUGGCAUAUUUGGAGAAAGGGAUAACAGCUAUUUUAUUAUUUUUAAUUUUUUUUCUUUUGCUGACUUACAGCACAUAAUAUCCUUAACAUCUCUGCAGAGGGGGCUGUAUAAUUGGUCAGAGAAUAAAAAAGACUAAAAAAAUACUUAAAAUCAUGUCUCAGCAAAAGCGUCUUUCAUGGAUUAAUUCAAAAAUUGGAUUGUAUAUACACUGUUUAUGUUUGACAUUAAAGGUAUAAAGUGUGUACAGUGUAACUUAGCGGACGCAUGCAUUUUCGUGUAUUUAUCAGGGUACGGAAGGUAUUUUGGUGUUGGGGAUUCCAUAUAGGGAACUUUAUUCCCACAAUUAUUUAUUCAUUGGUUUUGAAAUAAUGCUUAUUUGAAAGCUGUGUAUUGUCAGAAUUUGUUUAUCUGAUCAGACAUUGUUUAAAAAAUGAGAUAAUAUUUUUUGAGAAGUGUAAAGCCAAAUUGUUAAUAUUAAACUGAGGAUUGUUAAUUUUAGUAAAAAUAAAGGUAAGUGCCUUGAAAUAACAAGCUUAGGGUUGAUCCAGAAAGUUUGGGUGGGGGGUGGGGUCUCUCUCAAGUAAAAAUUGCCUUAUUUGAGAAAAUUUGGUGACUGCCGGGGGGUGCGUGCGUGCCCCCUCCACACCCCCUGGAUCCACCACUGAAUAAAGAUAUAAAAAACCAAGGCUUUUUACAACUAUUCUUGAAGAUCUUGAUUAUAAAUUUGAGACAGGAAUUCCCAGUUUUGUUUUAGUUUUGGCUUUCCCAUCAAUGAAUUCUCAUGAGUUUCAUACAAAGAGUAUAGGUUCAUUUCAGUAUUUUUGUCUUGUAUUCACUGAGUUGAAACAUAACAGAGGUUGGUUUUUAACAUCCUGGUAAAAAGACAAUUGAUUCUAUGGCCCUUUAUAUAAAGUAUGACAUUUUUGUAAUUCUAACAAUACAAAAUUGCAGAAAGCUUGGCUGUAUUGAACAUUUUAAAACUUAGGCAGUUAGCUAGAAUCCAGAGUUAAUUCCCCAAAUCACUUGUCUUAUAUUGUUGUUAUAAAUAUAUUGUGUAUUGUAUUUUAUAAUAAAUUGGUAUUUACAAUGAUUGAUACAAAAAAA